AUGGAGAGGAGCAUGAAGAACGUUCUGGUGGUUGCUUGUGGAUUCCUCCUGCUUUUCACUGCCUACGGGGGCCUGCAGAAUCUGCAGAGCAGCCUCUACAGUGAGCAUGGCCUGGGGGUGGCGACACUCAGCACACUCUAUGGCUCUGUGCUGCUGUCCUCCAUGUUCCUCCCACCCAUCCUCAUCAAGAAAUGUGGCUGCAAGUGGACCAUCGUGGGCUCCAUGUGCUGCUAUGUGGUCUUCUCCCUGGGCAACUUCCAUGCCAACUGGUACACCCUGAUCCCUACCUCCAUCUUGCUGGGCCUGGGUGCAGCCCCUCUGUGGUCGGCUCAGUGUACCUACCUCACCGUCAUUGGGAAUCUGCAAGCAGAAAAAGUGGGAAAGCUGGGCAAAGAUGUGGUGAACCAGUAUUUUGGCAUCUUUUUCCUCAUAUUCCAAUCUUCUGGAGUGUGGGGCAACCUGAUAUCCUCACUGGUGUUCGGCAAGAUGUCUAUGCAAGACGCCAUCCCAGAUGAACAGCUCAUGUCCUGUGGAGCCAAAGACUGCCUGAUGGGGCCAUCGGCCACCAACACCACCCAUCACCCCUCCCAGCAACUGAUCUACACACUGCUGGGCAUCUACACCAGCAGCGGUGUCCUGGCCAUCCUGUUGGUAGCUGUGUUUCUUGAGCCUGUGAAAGACAAACUAGAGAAUGAAGGAGAGACAAGGUCUAGACCUCUCUGGUCCACUUUACUGUCAACCUUCAUGCUGUUUAGAGACAAGCGUUUGUGCCUCCUGAUGUUCCUGCCGGUGUACAGUGGGUUCCAACAAGGGUUCCUCUCUGGAGAGUACACCAAGUCUUAUGUGACCUGUGCCCUGGGCAUCCGCUUUGUGGGCUACGUGAUGAUCUGCUUCUCGGCUAUGACUGCGCUGUGCUCCCUGCUGUAUGGGAAGAUCUCCAAGUACACAGGCAGGAUCACACUUUAUGUGCUGGGGGCAGCCAUUCACUUCUCUUGCAUUGUGGUCUGCCUGCUGUGGCACCCGAACCCAGCCCAGCUGCCUGUCUUCUUUGUCCUCUCUGGCCUGUGGGGAAUGGCUGACGCUGUCUGGCAGACACAGAACAAUGUUCUUUUCGGUGUCCUGUUUGAAGAGAACAAAGAGCCUGCUUUUGCCAACUACCGCCUUGGGGAAGCCGUAGGGUUUGUCAUUGCCUUUGGAUACAGCUCAUUUCUGUGUGUGAGCACCAAACUCUACAUUCUCUUGGGUGUCUUGAGUGUGGCCAUGGUCAGUUAUGGAACUGUUGAGUACCGGGAAUACAAGGUCCUUGCUGCAGAAGAGAAAAACCAGGCAGAAGAGGAAGGAACAAAAAUGUGA